GUGGCGCCCUUCUACAUUAAAACGUGGGUUACGUAUCGUGUGUCAUGUGUGUCUUUUUUAACCCCAGGGAUUUUUCUUUAUCAGUGUUUAUCUGAAUGCUUUCCACCACUAUUAACUGAAAAGUUCGAAAUUAUGGCGAAUGUACAACCAGAGCGCAGAGUUCUUUCGAUCCAGAGUCAUGUGGUGUCCGGAUACGUUGGAAAUAAGUCUGCAACCUUCCCAAUGCAGGUGCAUGGAUACGAGGUUGACACCAUUAACUCUGUCCAGUUGUGCAGUCAUACUGGGUACAAGGUUUUCCAGGGCCAGGUGUUGAAUGCGAAUGAGCUUCGGAGUUUGUCCGACGGACUGAAGGCCAACGACAUCAACCAUUACUCACAUCUACUCACAGGCUAUGUAGGGUCCAAGUCUUUCCUCCGAGAAGUCAUCGAGGUGGUGAAGGAACUACGCGAGAAAAAUCCCGACAUCAUCUACGUGUGCGAUCCCGUGAUGGGGGACAACGGGAAGUUCUACGUUCCAGAGGAGCUAAUGCCGAUCUACAGGGACGACCUUUUGCCGUUGGCCAACAUGAUCACGCCAAACCAGUUUGAGGCAGAGCUCCUGAGUGGUCAGAAGAUAACCAAUGAGCAGAGUGCAUUGGAAGCUAUGCAAAUCUUACAUGACAAGGGUAUCCAGACUGUAAUACUGAGUAGUGUGCCCUCAGGCUCAGGCACAUUGACAUCCUAUGGCACGACAGUCAAAGAUGGUAAGAGGACAGGCUGUCGUGUGGAGUACCCAGCAUUCGAUUGUCAGUUCACUGGGACUGGCGAUCUUUUCUCUGCUCUUCUCCUGGUGUGGUCGCACACACACCACGACAACUUGCAGCUUGCUCUUGAGAAAACAGUAUCAGGCAUGCAGGCAGUGUUGCAGAGAACCCUUCAAAGCGCACAAAAGCUGGCAGGUCCAGGCAACAAGCCCACACCCCCGCAGCGCGAGCUGCGAUUGGUCCAGAGCAAGGCGGACUUAGAGGAUCCCAAGUUGUGCGUCAAGGCGACGCCGCUUCAGUUUUGACGACUGGAAAAACAGGGUAGACAAGCUGCAGCAACCAUGGUGCACUCUUCGUUCCUUUGAAAUCUGGUGACCGUAUUCAAAUUUAAGUCGUUGUACAGAUUCCAGUAAAUUGAAAGGUCACACAGUGAUACUGUAAAUGCGAACUUUUGUGAUCAGUAUUUAAAAAUAAUAAUAAUAAUGGGUUUUAUGUAGUACUUUUAAUCAAUAUGCAAGCGGGCGAUUGUAUACAUCAUUAUGUAUGCUUUUGUUAUCACCAAAUCAUUUGGGCGAUAUUUUUUUGUCAAAAGGACCUCACAUUUAUAGUGCAAAUAAAUUCAUGUUCUGGCCUUUUAAAUAUAACUCAAAUGUUCCCUGGGCCAAUAAUCCAAAAAAAAAAAAAUUAAACAUAUAUUUCAUUAUGGUUUAUUUUUACACCAAAAGAAGUGUAACAUCUUUCUUAUUUAAAGGACCGAAAUUGAUGGUUUUUUAAUAACAUUUUAAAGUUUAUUUCAAAGAAUUUGGGGGAACUUGGUACAAAUAAUAUUUGGUGUUGACACAGUAUUAUGGUGGUCGGUUUUUAUUCCAAAAGAGUCAUUAGAAAUUGAGCAUGAUUAUAGCUAAAUAUUUGCAUUCUUACAUUUUUUUUUUUUUUUUGGUUAAUAAGUCAUACAAUGUAUAUUUACUACCCGUUUCGUGUCCUGGAAUAAAUUGGUCAACACA